AUGGCGAACAUGAAAGUGAACAAGUGGGCUGUCUUGAUUGGAAUAGACUACUAUAUUAGCGGCACAUCGAGAGAGGGAGUCCACGAAUACCUCCGCGACUGGUUGGGAGUCCAGGACUCUCAUAUAUAUCGGCUUACGGCCACGACACCAGGCGACGACGAUAGCAAGGCGCCAAGAGGGGACAGAUCCCAACGGCCCACAUAUGAAAACAUCAUCAAGGUUCUCCAGCAGGUGUCCCAAGAAGCCCGGCCGAAGGACCUCGUCUACCUACAUUACUCGGGACAUGGGAUACGUGUCAAGACGAUUUUUGGCGACCUGAAGGGCGAGGACGGUAUCGACGAGGCUCUCGUGCCAACAGACAUCGCUUGUGUCGGAGGCCGCUACGUCCGGGACGUGGAGAUUGCCUACCUGCUCCGGGAGAUGGUUAAGAAGGAACUCGUCAUUACAGUCGUUCUCGACUGCUGUCAUUCUGGCAGUGCUGAUCGUGGUCAAGAUCAUGGCGUGGACAGCAGGAUCCGGGGAAUCAGCAUGGUCGACACGAACAAACUUAACAGCGAUAUAUCGGCGCUUCCAUACCAUACCAUGUACUGGAAACCACGACAGGGCCUGUUCCAGCUGGCUGGCGAAAAGCCAGCGUGGCGGAUCACUGGUUGCUUGCAUCGCGUGGAUACGCAUUUCUUGCUGCAUGCCGGGCACAAGAGACUGCGCUCGAGCGCAAGGGGGGAAGGAGACCGUCUAUUCUACAGCGGUGAUCGCCUGGAGCUGCUCUACACGUCUACUGUGGUCGAAGUGGGUAACACGAAAGGCAACACUACCGUGCGGCUGAACGCUGGCGAGGCGCACGGAAUUUCCAAGGGCAUGGGAGUUUGGCUAUUCAAGGCUGUUACCGCAGAGGCCGUGUUGGUCGAGCCGUCUACUCCAGGCCAGCAGCUAAAAGUUGGCUGUCUGGCACUACCACGCUCCACCCUGUUAUUGCAACGACUAGUGCGACUUGUUUACCCGGAAUCUCUAGGCGAAGACGACGCGAGCGAGAGGGCUCUGAACGCAGUACGUAAGGCCUGGGAAACGCAUGGCACCACAUUCGCUCCCUUGACCGACGGCCCCAAUGGCGGAGAAACCUUCCAAGUACAUGUCAGAGACGGGAUGUAUGACAUACUGGGUGGAGACGGCCAGCGGCUCCAGUACGCGGUACUCCCUCUACCAACUGAUGCUGAGCGCGCCGCUGAGAAACUGGUGCGCAGCUUGACACACCUGGCGAAAUACCACGGCGUGCUGGAUUUGAGAAGCCUCCGCAGUGGGCUUGCGUCCUGGAUCUCCGUUCAACUGACAAAAAAGCCGUAUGCUUUUCCACUGGAACCGCGACUGGCCACCGACCCACCUUCCAUCUCUUCAACUCAGCAACGCUGCAAGGCGACGGUGGGUGGGUGAAUGGGUGUUGCUUCGGGUAGAGAACAGGUCCAAAGUCGCGUUGAAUAUCACCUUGCUGGACCUGGACUCUACGUGGGCGAUCGAACAGGUGUAUCCUUACGGUGGCGCAGCUUACGAGACCUUAGAUAUAGGCAAGACGCUCUAUAUUCCUUUGAGGUGGAGGUGCCGGAUGGAGCUGCACACUCGGGGGUUAUCGAUACCAUAAAGGUCUUUGCAACCACCGAAUCCACCAGUUUCCGAUGGCUGGGGCUCGCAAUGCUCGAUCAGGAAACCCCCCAGCAGGGUGGCAUCAAUCGAGGAAACGCGCUUGAGCUUUUGCAGGCUGCCAUGAUGAUUCGAGCAGCCAGGCCAUAUACGCCGCUAGGAUGGGACGUUAAGAAUGUACCUAUCGAGAUAGAGGAUUCUUAGCUACUCUUAGGAAGAGUAUUUUAUUUAUCAUUUCUUCAC